AGCUCUGCUUGGACGUUUCCUGAGCAAAGCUAGCUAGCUGCCUGCAUCCCCACAGAUCGAUCUUCCAGGCUGCAGUGUAAUUCAUUGGUUCGAGGAAUUCGCUCAGGAUAAAACCAAAUAUGGCAAGUGCACAUGAUGAACUCGAGAAGAAGCCACAAGAUUCAAAUGCUGCACCAAUUCGAUUUUCACUAGAAUAUUUAAAAGACAUCACAUCUGAUUUUUCCACUAAGUCAGUGCUGGGGGAAGGUGGGUAUGGAGUGGUUUACAAGGGAAUUCUUCAAUGUGGUAAAAUUAUUGCUGUAAAGAAACUUCGGGAACUACAUCAAAAUGAUGAGACAUUCCAAAAUGAGAUCACUUAUCUUAUGGGGACUAAGCACGAAAAUGUAGUACAAUUUGUUGGUUACUGCGCAGAAUCUACAUGGGAAUUAAGAGAGUAUCCAAGUGGGAGUGGGAAGCAUAUUCUUGCUGAAAUGCCAAACAGGUUGCUCUGCUUCGAGUAUGUAUCCAACAGAAGCCUUGACAAACAUAUAUCUGACGAAUCUUUGGGCCUUGAGUGGAAUACGAGAUAUGGCAUAAUCAAGGGGAUUUGCAGUGGCUUGCAUUUCCUUCAUGAGGAACGCUAUAUUGUUCAUCUGGACCUCAAACCUCAAAAUAUAUUGCUGGAUGAUACUAUGAUUCCGAAAAUUGCGGAUUUUGGAUUGUCAAGGCUCUUUCGCGAGAAGAAAUCACGAACUGACACUGUUAAUCGUGCGGGAACACUUGGAUAUAUGGCACCAGAAUACAUAAACCAAGGCUUAAUCUCUAAGAAGGCAGAUAUCUUCAGUUUGGGUGUAAUAAUAAUGGAGAUAAUCACAGGUCGUAGGGACUAUCCAGAUGUCAAGCAGGAGAGUCCUCAGAGUACUAGCAUAUCUUUUCAGCACUUCAGAAAGGAAGUACUUGAAAGUUGGAGGAACAAAUUUGUAUCAUCGUCAGUGUAUAUACCAAUGGAACAAUAUACUCAACAAAUAAAAUAAUGCAUCAACAUAGCCCGAAAAUGCUUGAACCCUGGUAUGGAGAGAAGGCCUACUACAAAGGAUAUAAUCCAAGUCCUUGAUGCGGCAGACCAAGUGGAAGCCUGUGAAGAGUUGCUGUCGGCUAUGCAGUGCACAGACCAGUUGCUGGUACUAAACACUACCAUGAGCAAGGAUCUCAUACUGGAGAGAUUCACUAAAGACUUGUUCAACUACGAGACAGAUAGUGAAGUGUUGGACGAAGCAAAAUCUGAGGGUUAUUCACCAAUGCCUUUGUCGCUGUCGAGCACAGCCAAUCAGAAUUAUCAAGAUGCGGCAAAGGAAUCUAGUGAGCCACAACCAGCAAGUGACACAGCACCUGAGGUAAUCCUACCAGGCUCUGUUGAGCUUUUUAAUGACUCCCCACAUAUGCUCCACUUCCCCUUUGAACCCAAUGAGUUGAUCCCGUCCUCUCUGCACCUAAGAAAUAAUACAGAUGCACAUGUGCCAUUUAUGCUUAUGAAGAAGAGCAAUAACAAAGGGAUGUGCUUCGUAAGGCUGCCACUGUAUGGCAUUGUGCCUCCGAGAUCCACUUACACUCUCGUGGUGAUAAUAGAUAAAAAGGAAAACCUACCAGAAGAAAGAGAAGAUGAACUAAUCCUUCGUAGCAUUAUAAAUGGCAAGUGUAGCUGUACUGCCGUACGGCUUGCUUGCGAGGGACUCUUUGAGGAAGCCGAAAAGUCAGGAAAUACUGUGGUGCAUACAGUGAGAGCUGUUUAUGCUCGGCAAGAAGAGACAACAUAUGAGGUGAGUUAGUUCUUGUAACAAAACAUUUUUGCUCACCUGGGAUACUUGCAGUAGUAGUAUUGACUAAACAUGCUAGUACUAUAUAGGGCUGCGGACCUGAUUUUUCACAAAACAACAUAAAAUGCAGUGGUCAUGUCAACAAUAAUGGGCCCUUGACUGACAUAAUUAGUCUCUCAAGUUUGCAAAUAAAUAUACAUUAUUGUGGAGAAGAUUUUCUUAUGAAUGGAAGUCCACGACCACAGCUUAAGUACCUGCCAGGUCAUAAAUAUGGCUCAUGACUAUUUCAAAUUUGUCAAUUCGUUUCUGAAGCAAUUAUUGCCAUUUGUCAAAUGAGAAAAACUUAGUAAUUAAAUCUAGAGUUAUCAGAAAGAGACUCUGAGAUGAAUUAGAUUAGGAAGGAGAGAAACCUGAAACUCUUUGAGGACCCUCUCCUAUUGUUUUCCUGUAGAAAAAGAUAGGCAUCCCACGUGAAUUACUCUCUCCAUUUCUUUUUACUUCGCAUAUUAGGUUUGUCUUAAGUCAAAACUUUGUAAGGUUUGACCAAAUAUAUAUUAAAAAAUAUCAACAUCUACAAUACCAAAUAAAUGCAUUCCAUGAUGAAUCUAAUGAUAUCGAUUUGAUAUUAUAAAUGAUGAUAUUUUUUCUAUAAACCUGGUCAAAUUUUAGAAAGUUUGAAUUAAGACAAACCUAAUCUGUGAAGUAAAAAGAAAAAGUGAAACUACAUUGAAGAGGCUAAUUAUGUUGUGGCAUUGAAAUAUAAUGCUGCUUCAAUGGUGAGUUGACAUGAUAUGCUGAUUGAUGUUUCUGUUUUUUCAUGCAUUUACGAUGUUGCAAGCAAUCCUGCCUCCAGUAAAGGUAUGAACUUCUAUUCUCUUCAUUACAUCUUUCUCCAUUGAGGCGGUUUCUCUAAUGCUCAACCAAGUUUUGUUGUAUCGGAUCAUGCGUAUGGAUGAUACUUACCAUACUAGUAACAUUUUCUGUCUAGAUGCACAUCCGUCGGAGCCAUGGAUUAUAACAAGUCACUGGAGCGGACAAGUUAUCAUAUGGAGCUGUAACACACAGGAAGUGAUGGUUUCUCGUAAUGUCGGAAUCGGACAAGUUUGCUCUAUUAAAUUCAUUGCACGCAAGCAAUUAUUUGUUGUUGGGUUCACUACCGGUUCCAUCCAUGUUUACAAGUAUCAAAUUGGACAACUCAAAAAAAUAAGACACAUCAAGCAGAUCUCUGUUGAUAAUGGUCUCCAAUCACUAGCUGUUCACCCAACCCAAUCGUAUGUACUUUUAGUAUUUCAUAGGUUCAUAAGCCUUUGGGACGGGGAGCGAGGGUGGAAGUUGGUAAGAACAUUCACUGGUCACAGCGGGUUUGUAAGGCAAGUCACGUUCAACCCAAUGGACACCAACAGUUUUGCUAGUGCUUCGGAAGAUAACACGAUAAAGGUUUGGAAUAUGGGUUCACCUGAACAUAAGUAUACUCUAUCUGGUCAUUCUGGCGGAGUGAACUGCCUGGAUUUUUUCAUGCGUGCCGGGCAGCAACAUUUGGUUACUGGCUCCAACGAUAUGAAUGCCAAGAUAUGGGACUUGAAGGAAAGAAUGUGUGUUUAUACACUGAAAGCAUUCAUGUCUCCGGUUGUUUCUGUCGUUUCCCAUCCCACUCUUCCAGUUCUAAUUGCAGGUACAAAAGAUGGCACUGUUCAUUUGUGGAGCUCCACUGAUUUCAGGCGUAUGAGAGUCCUUCAUGUUAACAAGAGCGGAUUUGUUUCUGGUCUAGCAUGUUCUAUGGGGUCGAGAAGGGUUGUAAUUGGAGAUAAUCAGACAGUGUCAAUGAUGGAGAUCCAUGGUGAAGAACCGGUUGCUAGAGAUGGGAACAAUGAAAUUAUAUAUGAACUACCGCGUUGGUGCACCUAUCGUCAAAACAAACAAUUUCAGCAGUUGAUCCUGGGCGCUAUUGCUAUAAUAGUGUUUCUUCUUUAUGCUCUUCUUCGUCGUACGGAAGAGGAAGAGUUAUUUUUUCGUGAAGACAAUCAUCUUUACUUUUCUUAAUCCUGCGGGGAAAACUGUUGAAGACAAUACAGUGCUCUUUUACAUGGUAUUCACAAGUAUCUUACUUCAUGUAGGCACUUAGUAUAUAUGUGUCUAAUGUGCAUUCACCAAACAGAAAUUUACAAGUGCUGAGUGCACGACUAGGGCUGAGUGAACCAAAGUCUGCAUGGUGGUUGCGCAAUUUGAUCAGUUGUAGACGGUCUCCUCCAUGUUUUCCUUGCUGCUAGUACGAUCUCUCGCAUGUCUGCACUUCAGAAAAUGGUGCCCACCAUCUCCAUUCAGUCUGUUGCUGAGGGGGCAGACCGCGUCCACAUUCAUGCCGUGUCAUGGAUGAUUUCUUCGUAA